AUCCAAACAAGACUUCUAAACACAGUUUCUUUUAUAUAGUACAACUCCUAUUCGCCUAUCCAAAUUUCAAGUCCGCCACCUUCAUCUUCUCUCUCUCCCUCCCUCUCUCUCAAACUUUCUCUCUCUACAAUGGAGAACCAGAACCGAUUGAAGCUCCGAAUCUCUCGGAUGUUCCGAUCAUCAUUCGGGUCGUGCAAGACACGAAACAUGUCGGACGUGAUCGAACGACCCCGUUUCGUACCCCAAAACCGCCAACAACAACAACAACAACAACACUACCAAUUGAUCGAACUCUUCUCUCCCAAGUCUCGUCCAUUCCCUUCAAUUUGCAGACCCAAAUGCUCCGAAACAACCCAAACAGAGCUCUUUCCCAGACGCAAAAUCUCAGACCGAAACUCCCUCCUCGACGGUCGAAAAUGCCCACCCGCAUCACCCAUUUCGCCUCUCAAUCUCAACACAUUGAACGACUUCCAAAACACAGAAUCCAAAUCGAUUCAAUCGAAGCAGAAAUUGAAGAAAAAGCAGAGAAAGAAGUCGAAGAACAAGACAACCCAGUUCAUGAAAACCAAUGACUUCGACGCUUACUAUGACUGGUUUACCAGCGACGACGACGAUGAUGAUAAGACGACCCUUUUCUCAUCCAAAUCUCUCUCCUCCGAUUCGUCGGACUCGUUUCGACGGAACAAAGUCCGGUACGGGGCGAAUCGAAGAAACAAGGGAUCGAAGAAGAAGGGGUCUGAGGAGAUGGGUUUAAUGCCAUUAGAAGGGAAAGUGAAGAAUAGCUUUGCCGUAGUGAAGCGAUCGAGCGAUCCAUACAGUGAUUUCAGGACUUCAAUGGUGGAGAUGAUAGUGGAGAAGCAGAUUUUUGGGGCCAGAGAUUUGGAGAACUUGUUGCAGACUUUUCUUUCGUUGAAUUCGUAUCAUCAUCAUAAGGUUAUUGUUCAAGUGUUUACAGAGAUUUGGGAGGCUCUGUUUUCUAACUGCUCUUAGAAGAGAAAAAACUGUACUGGUCUGUUUGUUUUUUUUUUUUUUGGUUGUGUUUGGGAAAAAAGAAUAUUGAGUGCAAUAUUGC